CCUCGUUUGACUCCGGUCCAAUCCAACAACCAACUGCAUCCCAAAACAAAAUAAAAACGAAAGCUUUCUUCUUCUUUCCUCGAUUUCAAAAUCCUUUAUUUAGCCCCAAAGGAACGUUAGCAACUCCACGAGGAGCAAGCAAACAAAGCGAGCUUGAGAUCGUCGGAGCAGAGAUGCUUCUUCCUCGUCUCCCGGUUCUCUUCCUCCUCGUCGCGUCCGCCGGGCGGCUGUUCUUCCGGGAUGCGCGGGCGGACGUGCCGCCGUCGAACAAGGUGGUGUUCGUGCUGGCGGGGCAGUCCAACAUGGCCGGCCGCGGCGGGGUGACCGGCGCGCGCUGGGACGGGGUCGUGCCGCCGGACAGCGCCCCGUCCCCCUCCGUCCUCCGCCUCACUGCCGACCUCCGCUGGGAGGAGGCCCGUGAGCCGCUGCACCAGGGGAUCGACGUCGGCGGCGGCAACCGCGCCGUCGGGGUCGGCCCCGGGAUGGCCUUCGCCAACGCCGUUCUCCGCUCCGGCCGCCUCGACGGCGCGGCGGUCGGGCUCGUCCCUUGCGCCGUCGGGGGCACGCGGAUGGCGGAGUGGGGGAAAGGGUCGGAGCUCUACGGCGACAUGGUGCGGCGCGCCAGGGUCGCCGUGGAGACCGGGGGACGGAUCGGGGCCGUGCUCUGGUACCAGGGGGAGAGCGACACCGUGCGGUGGGCUGAUGCCAAUUCUUACGGCCGCCGGAUGGCCAUGCUCGUCCGCGACCUCCGCGCCGAUCUCGCCAUGCCGCACCUCCUCCUCAUCCAGGUUGGUCUCGCAUCUGGGCUUGGGCAGUACACUGAGGUCGUAAGAGAAGCUCAGAAAGGAUUGAGGCUUCACAACGUGAGGUUUGUCGAUGCAAUGGGGCUGCCGUUCCAGGAUGGCCAUCUGCAUCUUAACACCCAGGCUCAAGUCCAGCUUGGACACAUGUUGGCCCAAUCCUAUUUGGAUUAUGGUACAUCCAACAAACACUAGUUCUCCAUGUAGUUUUCAAGAGAUCCAAAUUUGUGUUGUUCCCUACUUCGGCUAUUUUCCUCUCUAGACCCUUAAUUGGUCAAGCGGCAUUCCUACAAUUCUUGAAUUGGAUCGGUAUAGCUUGCCAGUUUCAACUGAAUACAGGUUUUCCAUGUCCAAAUGAGUUUGGAGAACCACUAGAGUCUCACGGUUUCAUAAUGGAAGUCAAUCUCUUUUGUGCCUACUGUGUAUGAGAAUGCUAUCUGUAUCUUUCACGGGAGACUGAAGUCUAUAAAAAUCUUGUUCACUGAUAAAAACACCUCAGGACAUCGAGUCUGUCACUACAGAUUAAUUGUAUGAUCAGUUCAUCUAGCA